AAUAUGGCGACCCUUGGAGCGUCUGUGUUGCUGCGGAGCCUCCUGACAGGUUCUCGGGGCACGGAACGGGUCUGUUUCUGGACCCGAACUCGGCCCCGGCCCGGCGCCCUGCUCCAGCCGCUGCCCGGGCGCUGCGGGGCGGGAAUGCCAUGCCGUCGGCUCGGCUCCGCGGCCGAAUCUGGUAGCUCAGAAAUCAAGAAACCUACAUUUAUGGAUGAGGAAGUCCAAAGCCUACUCAUCAAGAUGACAGGCUUGAAUUUGCAGAAGAUUUUUAAGCCAGCAGUACAAGAACUGAAGCCGCCAACCUAUAAGCUGAUGACCCAGGCACAGCUGGAAGAGGCUACGAGACAGGCGGUUCAGGCAGCUAAAGUACGAUUAAAAAUGCCACCGGUUCUGGAAGAGCGAGUGCCAAUAAAGGACGUGUUAGCUGAAGAUAAGAUUUUGGAAGGAACAGAAACAGCCAAAUAUGUGUUUACUGAUAUAUCAUAUAGCAUACCACACCGGGAGCGUUUUAUUGUCGUCAGAGAACCAAGUGGCACACUACGCAAAGCCUCUUGGGAAGAACGAGACCGGAUGAUACAAGUUUAUUUCCCAAAGGAAGGUCGUAGAAUUUUAACACCAAUAAUUUUCAAGGAAGAAAAUCUUAAGACCAUGUACAGUCAGGACCGGCAUGUUGAUGUCCUCAAUCUCUGUGUUGCCCAGUUUGAGCCAGAUUCUGCUGAAUAUAUCAAAGUUCAUCAUCAGACCUACGAAGAUAUAGAUAAACAUGGAAAGUAUGACCUUUUACGUUCAACGAGACACUUUGGUGGAAUGGCUUGGUAUUUUGUAAAUAAGAAAAAGAUUGAUGGCUUACUGAUUGACCAGCUUCAGAGAGAUUUAGUCGAUGAUGCCACCAGCUUGGUCCAGCUGUAUCACAUCCUCCAUCCAGACGGCCAGUCAGCUCAAGAGGCCAAGGAGCAGGCUGCUGAAGGGUUACAUUUAAUUAAGGUCUUUGCAAAAACAGAAGCGCAGAAGGGAGCAUAUAUAGAAUUAACACUGCAAGCUUAUCAAGAAGCAUUCAUUAGCCAUUCUGCAGCUUCCUGAAAAUACUUGAAAAAAUAAAUUUCAUUUCACUAAAUACUAACUAGCUUUCUCUGUUAAUACUGAGCUGAAUGUUUAAAAAUGUCAGAAUUAAAAGGUAAUGAUUUGGAGUUCCCAAUAAAAUUGUUUUUUUACAUUCCAAA